UGGGUUGAUGAAAUUCGGAGGGGUUUAUGUGCUAAACGAAAAGCACCGAUUAUAUUGGCCGCGAAUAAGAUUGAUAUCCGUAACGAACCGAAAACAAUCGAAAAAUUAGCACGAGAAUUGUACGGUGAAGAUCAACUGGAUUCUUUCAAACUAGUCACAAGAGAAGAGGGCGAGAAAUUGGCGAAUAAAAUUGGUGCAUACGCGUUUGUUGAGUGUUCUGUUAAGGAUAAGGUGAAACAUUCCAUUUCUUGUACAGUGUGGGACACAUUCCGGAAAGGUUAA